CAAAGAGCCACGACGCGCAUAUAAAGCUUGAGGGAGAGCAACAUCAACGGCUCACCAGCUGCCUCCCUACUCCCCAAGCUAUCAAGCUAGCUUGCUACCUUUCCCCGUUUCUUUCUGGCCGUGACAUGCACGGCUUGACAUAGACGACCCCCCACCCCAAACCCCCAGAUAUAAAGCAGCCUGCGCUAGCUGCAAGUGAGACACGCGGAUCCGAUUGCAUAGAGAUCCAGGUCCGAACGGGGUCCAAAUUUGAUCUAUGGUGCUGAGUGCUUGGGCCAUGGAGGGUGCGGGUCUCGGCGUUCGCUACUUCGAGUGGCUCAAGCCGCGGUCGCCGCCUUCCCCGACAUCGGAGUCCUGGAUGUCGUCGUCGUCACUCUCCACGCCGUCGAGGUAUCACCACCAGGAACUCGGUGAUGGUGAAGAUCGAGGUACCAUGCUGUGUUUGCCACUCCUUGGCAGGCUCGGGGAGAAGACGAGUAGCCCUGACGCAGCUGGUACGCAGCCAAACCCUGUCAAAGAAGAGGAAAGCAGUAUUACGGAAGAUGCCGGCGUUGAUCUGAACAUCGGCUUGCCGGCGAGUGGAACUUAUAGUUCGGAAGAAGAGGCGCCGCCCAUGGAAAUGGACGAGGAUGAGGAGGAGACGGAGGAGGAAGAGGAGAAGCCGUGGCAUGAGAGCUGCGAGCCGGAAGCAGGCGUCCAAGUAGAGCACAGUGAGAUAUUGGUGGAGUCAGUGGAGGAGAGCAGCCAUGGCGCCAGCGCCUCCUGCCGUGACCGGCGGUUCUGGAUCCCGACGCCCUCGCAGAUACUCAUCGGCGCGGUGCAGUUCGUCUGCCAUGUCUGCAGCAAGACCUUCAAUAGAUACAACAACAUGCAGAUGCACAUGUGGGGCCACGGCAGGGAGUACCGGAAGGGCCCGGAGUCGCUCAAGGGCACGGCGGGCCAGUCGUCCCAAGCGGCGGCACUGUCGCUGCUGCGGCUGCCGUGCUACUGCUGCGCGCCGGGCUGCCGGAACAACGUCGCCCACCCGCGGGCCCGGCCGCUCAAGGACUUCCGCACGCUGCAGACGCACUACAGGCGCAAGCACGGCGCCAAGCCCUUCGGGUGCCGCCGCUGCGCCAAGCCCUUCGCCGUCAAGGGCGACUGGCGCACGCACGAGAAGAACUGCGGAAAACGGUGGUUCUGCGCCUGCGGCUCCGACUUCAAGCACAAGCGGUCGCUCAACGACCACGCCCGCUCCUUCGGCGGCGGGCACUUCCCAGUCGACCCCGACGAGGCGGCGGCCGCCGCGUCCGCUGCCCCGGCGCCUCAUACGCAGCGCAGGGAGCGCAUCAUACGGUUCGAUCAGUGCCAUGGCACCGCCGCCCGUGCGUGAGCAUGACACAUUAGUUGACUCGGUUGGUAAAUUCUUGAUCGUUAGCUAGUCCGCACACUUGCGGUUGUUGGUAUAUACACACGAAUAGAACGUGGGAGCAGGAAAUUAUACGACACAAUAAGAUCGUCUAGGUUGCCGUUUGCCGUGUAGAAGAUAGGCUGUGAAGUAGACUAAUUUUCUUCUUGAGAGGAGCUGCAGAGAGCAAGAGGCUGGUAGGUAUAAUAAGAGGUUAGCAUACGCCGUCUCUGUAGCCUGCUCGUAGUUUGCAAGGGAGAAAAUUUGUCUCCUUCACAGGCCAAUAUUCUGGCAGAUCGAUUUGUAUCAAUGUACUGUAUCAUGCAUGCAUGAGUUUAGAUUUAUACUACUACUAGGAUUAAAAGGCAUGGACUACUCAAUCAGAUGUUAGCUGCUCAAAAAAAAAAAAAAAAAAACUCAAUCAGAUGUUAAUGUGUGACCAUUGAUGAUUGAUUAGGUGUCGGCGCUAGUUUCUUUGCUUAUGUUGGCAUGAACAUGCAUUAAUUCCUCUUCCCGGUGCAGCUUAAUUUACGAGGGUUUCGUGGCUAAGCUUCAGAAAAAAACGCAUCAUAUGGUCUCAUUUUUUGAAAAUUAGCAACAAAAACAAUCAUAAGUUUUGAGCAAUAAAUAAAAUACAUACAUUUUGAACUAUUUUAUCCUUCUAAGUAUUUUUUGAUUUGUUUAAGAAAUUAAUUACUUUCAUAGGAAACAACAUUGUUGGACUAUAUAAUGAUAGAAACUAGUGACGAGAAUUAUGGUUUGAAGACCAUGCAUAUUCAACCUUUCUUAAUUGUAGGUAUUGAGGAGGUAUGCUCUCCAAGGUUCUCUUUGAUUCAAAGAAUUUCGUAAGGAACUUUGGAGAACUAAAAUCCAUUGGAGA